AUGGAGUCAAUAAAGAAAUAUUUAUUUGAAAAUAUAGUAACGACUGUUGUAAAUGCUUCUACUCCCGAUAAAUUGGCAGUAGCUACACUAUGUGCAUUGACAUGUAGUGGUAGUCUUGCAUUAAUUAAAUUAUCAAGAUUAGAUAGAUGGUUUGAGUUGGCAGAGGCACAUGGAGAAGGAAUAUUAGAGAAUAUAGAUAACUUUUACAAUGCAGCAGAGAUACCUGCAAACAAUAUAGUAACAUUGGCAGAAGCUGAACAAAUACUACCACUCAUAUCAUCGACUGUUAGUUUCAACAGUAGAUUGAGUUCAAAGAUGGCAUCAAACGAUGCAAACGUAAUCAAACUAUUACGUAUUCUUAUCAACAUGGCUAGAUUUGAAACUGAAAUGAAUAUGAAUUUGGUUCCUCUAGAAGACUUUGAAAUUGAUAAUCUAUUUACAAAGUUGGUAUCUUCCAAUUUAUAUUUAGAAUUGGUUAUUACUGUUUUAUUAAAAACAAAUAUGAGAUCACAAGCAGUAAAAUCAAUAAUAACAUUAUGUUUACAACCAGAAUGUCCAAUACCAUUACUUUAUAAUGUAUCAUAUAUAUUUGGUAAUAUUAUUUUGGCAAAGAGGAAUACAGACAUUCCAAAAUAUCUUUAUGAAAUUGGAUUGCAACGAUUGUUUGAUCGAUUGAUAGAAGAUGGAAACGAUCGUGAUGGAUGUACGUCAUUGGGACACGCAACUAAUAUUAUGGCAUACAGUUGUCAGAAAUAUCAAGACCCUUCAAAAUACAACACUAGUAUUGGGUCAUGGUUAAAACACAAAUUAACGGUUGCUCGAUCGUAUGCAAAGAUAUCGGCAUCUAUAUUUUUUACCUUUCCCGCAUCAAUUGUUAAAAGUUUGGAUCUUGUAGGUUUGUUGAUGUUGGUCAAUCCAAUACACUACCAUUUGGCAAUACCAUUGUGGUACAUCUCUGAAGACAUUAUCAACCUCAGAAAUCUCUAUCUAGGAUUUUGUCACAUGAAUCGAACCAUUACAAAGAUCCUUUUCCUUGGAUUGGCGCCAUCUAUAGCCUUUUCAACAGUAUUUCUACUCUUACCCAAACCAAUCGUUUUCAUGUUGGCAUGUACAAGAAUUCUAACCUUUAUACAUUUUGUCUAUCUCGAAAAAUCACAAACCAAUGGAAAACUUCACGGUAAACUUUAUCAAUCAUUUAAACAAUUAUUUAAAGGAACUCAUCCUUUUGAUGAUCCAAAAUAUCAAAAUUCUCUUCCCUCCCAAAUAAAUAAAUAA